AUGUCGGGGUUCAAAAUUGGCACUUCUCCGUUUGUUUAUCUUGGAGUUCCUAUCUUCAAAGGUAAGCCUAAAGCGGUUCAUUUGCGUCAUAUUGCAGAUAAAAUCAUUCAUUUGCUUGCUUCUUGGAAAGGUGCUCUUUUAUCGUUUGCCGGCCAUGUUGAGCUUGUAAAGUCCGUCAUUCAAGCGGAAGGUGGGCUUGGGAUUCGGUCUAUCAUCAGCUUAAAUGACGCAUACAAUCUUAAGAUGGCUUGGGAUUUACAUAACUCUGUGGAACCUUGGGCUCAUUUUCUUAGGCAGAGAGUUUUUAGAAAGCAGAAUAUCAUCAAGCAUCACAUUUUUUCUUCCAUUUGGGCCAGCAUUAAGCCGGAAAUGCCGACUAUGGAGAACAACACCUCUUGGUUGCUGGGUUGCGGUUCUAAAAUCAGUUUGUGGUACGAUGCUUGGUGUGGCAGCCCGCUGAGCAAUGAUUUGGUGGAUGCAGCUGGUAUCGUCGACCAAAUAGUAAGAAGUAUUAUAACUGAUGGUAAAUGGGAUUUUUCUAAAGUUGUUUCUUGCAUUCCAACAGCGAUAAAGGAGAGGAUUUCUGGCUGCCAUAUUCCCUUCGAUCUUCGUCCUGAUUCGAAAGUUUGGGUGCACUCGGCUAGUGGGGAGUUCUCUUCUAAAAUAGCUUAUGAGUUUAAGAGACCAAAAGGUUUUCUUAAGGAGUGGUGGCAGUGGCUUUGGUCAAAAUCAAUCCCACCUUCGAAGUCAUGCUUGGUUUGGAAGCUCUUACAUAAUAAAGUGCCUAUGGAUGAACAAUGGCGGAGAAGGAAUUUUGCCUUUCCUUCUCGGUGCAAUCUUUGCAAUGAGGCGGAAGAAACAACACCUCACCUUUUCUUUAACUAUAAGUUCUCCUCUCAGCUUUGGCAUUGGUUAAGUUUAAAGCUUAAUUUCUCCUUCCCUAUUCUUUAUUCUUUGUUGGAAUGA